GUGACAUCAGAUAAAACUGUAGUCAAAGGAACCUUGUUUUGCAUUGCUGGAGAUAAUUUGGGCUCACAUUGCAUUGGUGGCUUCUGUGAAAACUUUAGUCGUACACAUCAUUUCUGUAGGUACUGUCUAAUGACACGAUCUGAUUUUCAGAGUGGCGACCCAAAUCAGUGUGGUGCAGAACGCACCAAGGAAACAUACAACUCUGCUGCUGAACGCCUCAAGACUGAAGAAAUGGGUGAUAUGGACCAAAGCAGCAUAAGUAAUGCCAUUACAAAGGUUUUGCCCGACCUUGCACCUUCAGUUCUUGGUAUUGUUGUGGAGACACUGCAGUCAUUGGGUGUAGAAACCACUGAAGAUUUUGACUUCGUCCAGGAGAGUGAUUUGAUGUCCGUUCUUAGACCGAUUCAAGCAAGAAAACUGGUGGCUGCGUGGGAAAAAAAACUAACACAAAGUACUGAAAUUCACAUCCCGUCAUCAUUAUCCUCUUCUACCUCACCAACAAGCUCCUCAGUCUCUCUCUCACCUUCACCUGGCCGAGUCCUUGCUGUUUUAGACUGGGUUGACAGCUUCCAGAUUCCAUGGGAUAAGUUUCCAGAAGCUUUGCUGCAGUGUUUGGAGAGAGGGAAGAGGCCAGCGCCGAAGUUGAGAAGAGAAAUGAUCCGUAUUGUUGCUUCUGAAAUGAUGAAAGUAAACGCAUCUCCGAGUAAGCAAGCUUCAACUGAAGUAGCCAAAAAACUGAUUGCCAAGUAUCCACAGUCACUGCAAGAUGUCAUAGAAGGCGAUGUGGUGGGAUCAGGGUAUCACUCACUGGUUAAGCAGUUACAAGCAAGAAUAGAAAAUGUUAAGCGGUCUUCAACACCCAGGAUAAAGAAGCGCAAGGAGUGUUCAGAUGAUUCUUUAACAGAUGAAGUCCCAGCUGAAAAAAAGGCUGCUGUUCAGGACACAUAUGGUUGCAUCAAGUGGGACAUGAAAUUCAUGCCAGUGACUGAGACAACAGAAAGUCAAAAGGAGAAAAAAGAAAAAAUGAAGAGGCUUCAUCGUGAGACCAAUGUCAGCCUAGAUGAGGUGGAAAAUCUCAUGAAGUGUACUUACUACUCUCAACGCAAGGAUAUAAACAAUGGAGAAGAACUGCAAACCCUGUUGGAGGAAUGGCCUUUCUUGUUCCAGGAGGUUGGAAUGGCAGUCCAUUUCUACGAGCUCACUGGGGUUUCACUGAAGGAGACUUUCCUUAACAGUCUGGAGAAAAAGGGAAAACGACUGCUCGACUUCAUGCGAAACACUUGUGCUGAUAAGAGCAAAAGGGUUUUGCAGGCUGUCACAAAACUACAAAUACUUAGAGGACAGUUGCAAGGCUGCUCAGAGGAUGUUAAGGACAUGGUCCUUCUUCUCCUGUCCUAUUUUGAUGAGAGAGAGGAGAAUCUAUUCCGUCAUGUUGAACAAACAUGUCUGGGACACGAGAUUCAAAUGGAAAGCCUGCCAGUAACUCCAUGUAUCAUUGUUUGCGGAGACAUACCAUGAACAGCACACUUCCUGCAUGCCAACAACAUCCUUGAGCCAGCCUAGGAUGAUGGAGCGAUCAGCUGUGUCAAAGAAAGAAAUGUAAGAAUUCAGGAUGUGUAGUUUCCUGUUGUAGAGAUAAGAAUAAAUCAGUGUUACUUUUAAUCAUCACUGGAAUCAAAAUAGUUUAUGAAUCACAUCUAAAGGCCUUUACACAUCGAGUAUAUUGCAUAAAAUGACAUGAAAUACCAAAUUUCUCAGAUUGCAAAGUUGUUGUGUAACGUAUAAACAGUGUGAUGUUUUUGAGAUUCUUUGUCCUCAAAAAAUACACUGUGAAGAAAAUCAAGUCCUCAUCAAGCCAUGAUGGGCUGGUCUUGAUGUUUCUAAAGGAAGAAACUGGGAUUAUGGGUUCAUCCAGUUUUCAAGAGAAAGCAGCAGCAGGGAGAAUUUCAUAAAAGAGAAAUAAUUUCAGCGAGCCGAUUGAGCUGGAGCAGUUUCUAGAUGUGUGUCCGAGGUAAACUUGGUACAAAAAAUGAG